AUGGCAAAAGGAACGAGCUGCGGCCCCACGGACGCCAAGGGCACGCGGGUCCAAGGCGGAGGCAGGGUGGCCCGUCCCCCCGGAGGAGGCUGGAGCCGGAGAGGGCCCGGCCUGGCCGCCAGCUGGCAGCUCCGUGCCGGCUCCCCUAGGCCACAGCCUGGCAGCCGGGGCCUCUCCCAAGAGCCUCCGCGACCCCCAGGGCGGGUUCAAGGCUGCGGCGAGCUGGGGAACCUGCGGCCUAGGCCUGGGCAGGGCUGGGGGGCGGGGGCGUUGGAAGGGAGGUGUCGGGGGGGCCCAGGCCGAUGGUGGGAGCUGGAGGCCGCGGCAGCCUCGCCUGCUCGGGGACAUUUUUUCCCUCCCUCCUCAUCGCCUCGCCUCGCCUGCCACCUCUCAGCCAAUCACACGACGCCGUUGCCCGUUGCGUCGGGUCACGUGGCGGUCGCUCGAGGCGCCCCAGUGAGUCACUUCUUCCCGCCUAAAAACUCGCCAGGAGCCCCUGAAGCCACUGACCCCCCCAAUCACAAGAGACGCCGCCGUGGCGCUCGCUGUCACGUGGGCCGCGUAACCAAUCGGGCGGGCGCACUUGGGCCCCUGGCGGUGAUUGGCCGCAGGUCCGGACCUCCGCCGCUCUCGCGCCCUCAUCGAACGUGGCGGCACGCGCCUCACGCCGACGGCCGCGCGCGCGCCCGCAGCGGAUGUGACGUGCCGCUGAGUCAGUCAGUGCGGCGGGCGAGCGGGGGGCGCGGCUCGGCGGGGAAGAUGGCGGCGCCGCGGGAGCCGGGCGGGGGCGCGCAGCGGACGGAGCCGGAGCCGGAGCCGCGGCGCGUCGUGCAGCGCGCGGAGGGGGCGCUGCGCCAGCGGGCCCUGCAGCGGCGGCUCCGGGGCCGCAACCUGCUGACGGGGCUGGGCAUCGGCGCGGUGGUGCUGGGCAUCUAUGGCUACACCUUCUACAAGAUCUCCCAGGAGCGAUUCCUGGACGAGCUGGAGCAGGAGGUCGAGGCUGCCCGGGCCCAGGCUGCCAAGACCCCGGCGAACUGAGACCCUGAGCCAGCCAGGGCUGCUCCCCCCUUGGGAUGGACCCGGCUGGAACUGACGCACGUGCCAGGGACCCGCCGCAGCCCGACCCCUGCUGGGUUGCAUCUGCCUUUGACGUGCCUGGAGCUCCCUCUGGUGGGGGGGGGGGUCCUUGCAGUGUGUGGGGGAGGGGGGUUCCCUCCCCUGUGCGGACCAGGCUCUUGCCACUGCCAGUUAAACCUUCAGGCUGCAGUUGCAGAUUGUGGUGCAACAGCACCAGGUUUCUUCCCUGACGUGCUCCUCUGCUAGUCACCCCCUGCAGCAGGUGGGCCAGGGCCUCAAUAAACCUGUCUAAAUGA